AUGGCAGCCUCAGAAAACCUCCCCGACUACCCCCUCAGCUGCGCCUUAGUGAGGAGGUUGAAGGCCGCGCUGGAGGCCAAGGACGAACAGCGAGUCGGGGAACUGAUCUGCUCGGAGAUCAAGCCCGUGGACGCCGUGAUAUUGGCCAGUGAUGACUGGAUGAAGGACCCGGCCGCUCGGCUGCCCACCGGCGUGCUGUUAGGAGACCUGCACCGUGUCCGGGCCCUCAUGGACGAGUACUUCCAGGACACCAACAUGGUGCUGGAGAUCCACGCAGAGGAGCUGGAGUGGCAGGUGAAGGCCCUGGCCAUGUUUGGCCUCUCAGGACUCUGGACCCUGGAGUACAAGCGCGAGCUCACCACACCCCUGUGCAUCGCGUUGGCCCACGGCCACGCAGCCUCUCUUCAGCACCUGCUGGGCCGCGGUGCACACGUCAGUGCCAGCCCAGGUGGACGAGGUGCACUGCACGAGGCCUGCCUGGGGCACACAGCCUGUGCCCAGAUGCUGCUGCAGCAUGGCGCAGACCCGGACCUGCCCAGCACAGAGGGCCUGGCGCCCCUGCACCUGUGCCGCACCGCAGCCUCGCUGGGGUGCGCGCGGGCUCUGCUGGAGCACGGAGCGUCGGUGCAGCACGCGGGCGGUCCAGCCCAGGACCCAUUGCACGUGGCGGCGCAGCAUGGCCUGGACGAGCACGCGCGCCUCUACCUGAGUCGCGGGGAGACUGCCCUGAGUACGGCGUGUGGCUCAGUGUGGCAGCCGGACGAGCAGGUGCGCUGCCUGCGCCUAUGCGCUCUGCUACUGGGGCACGGGGCGGCGGUGGACGCACGGGACCAAGACGAGCGCAGCCCGCUGCACGAGGCCUGUUGCCACGCACGCCACGAUUUGGUGCGCCUGCUGCUGCGGCUUGGCGCCAACGCGGGCGCGCUGGACUACGGCGGUGCCUCGCCGCUGGCACGCGUGCUGCAGACGGCCACCUGCGUGCCCGAGGCAGAGCCGCAGCGCACCGUGCAAGCACUGCUCAACCACGGCUCGCCCACCGUGUGGCCAGACGCCUUCCCCAAGGUGCUGAGGAGCUGUGCGGCCACCCCCAGUGUCAUUGAAGUGCUCUGCAACGCCUUCUCUCAGCUCUGCGUGGCCGAGUCCUGGCAGGAGGCAAUCCCAGACGAGGUGCUCCAGAAGCACCCCGCCUUCUACCAGUCCUUCUUGGCCCUGGCCCAGGGCCCGUGCUGCCUGCAGCACCUGUGCCGCUGUGCCAUUCGCAAGACGCUGGGCAGGAGGUGCGGCUGCCUCAUCCCCCUGCUCCCCCAGCCUCUACUCCUGCAAGAUUACCUGCUCUUGGAGCCAGAGGGCGUUUUGCGCUGA